UUCUUGCGGUUUGUUCCUCUCUAUGGCUCCUCCUCUAAGCUCUUCCGUGUCAGCUGGUAACCUUGGUAACGGACAACUUCCGAUAAGCGAGACCUGGGAGUAGAGCGAUGGCGGAGCCGACACUUGGAGCCGAGCUGGCUUCACCAUUCCCAAUAGCUACAGAACCUCAGAAACCCCGCCCAAGAAAAGUGCCAGAGCUGCCAAUCUUGGAGAGAAGGAACUGGCUGAUACACCUGCACUAUAUCCGCAAAGAUUAUGAUGCAUGUAAGAUUGCUAUCAAAGAGCAACUCCACGAGACUCAGGGAAUGUGUGAAUAUGCAGUCUAUGUUCAAGCCUUGAUACUUCGUUUAGAAGGGAAGAUUCAAGAAUCCCUAGAACUUUUUCAGACAUGUUCCAUUCUAAAUCCUCAGAGUGCUGACAACCUCAAACAGGUGGCGCGAUCAUUGUUUCUGUUGGGGAAACACAAAGCAGCUAUUGAAGUAUACAAUGAAGCAGCUAAACUCAACCAGAAGGAUUGGGAGAUCUGCCACAACCUGGGCGUGUGCUACAUGUACCUGAAGCAUUUCAACAAGGCGAAAGACCAGCUGAAUGAUGCCUUGCAGCUCAACAAGCAUGAUCUGACAUACAUGAUGCUGGGAAAAAUUCACCUGCUGCAAGGGGAGACCGACAAAGCCAUCGAAGUCUAUAAGAAAGCAGUGGAGUUUUCUCCAGAAAACACAGAGCUCCUUACGACCCUGGGUUUACUCUAUUUGCAGCUUGGGGUUUAUCAGAAGGCAUUUGAACAUCUUGGAAAUGCACUUACAUAUGAUCCCACCAAUUAUAAGGCUAUCUUGGCAGCUGGCAGUAUGAUGCAGACUCACGGUGAUUUUGAUGUAGCCCUCACCAAGUACAGAGUAGUAGCCUACACCAUGCCUGAAAGCCCCCCAUUAUGGAACAACAUUGGAAUGUGCUUCUUCGGCAAGAAGAAAUACGUGGCAGCUAUUAGUUGCCUGAAGCGAGCCAAUUAUUUAGCUCCCUUUGACUGGAAGAUUCUGUACAAUUUGGGGCUAGUCCACCUGACAAUGCAGCAGUAUGCAUCUGCUUUCCACUUUCUCAGCGCUGCUGUCAACUUCCAGCCCCGGAUGGGAGAGCUCUACAUGCUGCUGGCAGUGGCUCUGACAAACCUCGAAGAUGUUGAGAAUGCUAAACGAUCCUAUGAGCAAGCUGUAGCACUGGACCAGUGUAAUCCCCUGGUCAAUCUGAACUAUGCGGUGCUGCUCUACAACCAGGGGGAUAAGAAGGGAGCACUAUGCCAAUACCACGAGGUGGAGAAGAAGGUCAAUGCCCUGAAGGAGAACAGCGCUCUCGACUUUGAUCCUGAGAUGGUGGAUGUGGCCCAGAAGGUGGGAGCUGCCCUUCAGGUGGGGGAGAGUCUGGUCUGGACUAAACCCAUCAAAGAUUCCAAAUCAAAGCAGCGAGCCGCUACAUCUAGCAAACCCUCCAGCACUCAGCAACCUCUGGGCUCUAACCAAGCCCUGGGUCAGGCCAUGUCUUCAGCAGCUGGGUAUGGAAAGACUAUGCAGCUUUCUACAGGUGCUGGAGCAUCGGCUCCCCUUGCAAAGCCCCCGUCGCUGCCUCUGGAACCUGAACCGGGCUCAGAAACAGGCCCCGAAGAGACCAUAUCCCCUACAGAGCCCCAAGAAUGGAGAAAAGAAAAGCGCAAAAGCAGGCUGACCACAGAAUAGAACAGCAGCACUGGACGGGCUGGGCAGGCGCGGGGCCUGCUGGGCUGUUGGGAGCAAAAUCUUCACUGCCACCCCUUAACUCAAGAAGGGCAAGGGCAGCUGCCCCCAGCAUGGCCUGCAGUGACUUCACCAUACUGUGAGCUUAGGCAAAAUGCAGCUGGAUGCCGAUAGUAACAUUAGCACCUGACCUCAUCCUUGUCUCAGUGAUUCUUUGCUCCAUGGCACCCAGAAGAGGUUCUGAUGAGCUGCCCACUAGUGCUGCUGUGGGACUGCAUGAGGUAAUGGAGGUGCAAUCCCCUCCUUCCUUGAGGGAGGGGCUGCUGUAGCAUUGCACACAGUGCUUAGGUGCUGAAUCACUGAGAUGGGCUGAGUCAGCAGGAUAGUUUAGCAAGGCCAACUACAGUGACUGUACAGCUUUUAAAGCAGUUGCUUGGAUCAGCUCUCUAAAUAGAGCCCAGAGAGGAUCAUGUCCCUUUAGCAAGUGAGCCUUUUAGCUGGCUCAGAGGAAACACUACUAGCCCCCUGUAGUAAGGUCAGUGGAAGAACUGGAGGAGGGGAGAAGCUAGAAAAAUUAACAGGACAAGUGAGUGGAAGCCAGAUCAGUCCAAGGAGUGAUGG